CACCUCUGGGUUUAGAAACUCUGUGAUUUGGUCUAUAAAACAGGGUGUCACUCCCGGUCUACAUCUUGGUAGAGAUACAUCCCGACCUAUGGGCUCUACUUGGCUUCUAUUUUGUACAUCUACUUGUGAUUUCUGUCUGGUUGACAUCCAUCGGAAAGCUUCGUUGAUUUAAGAGAACCAUCGCGCUCUCCCAGAGGCUUGGCUGGUGCGUAAAACCCGCUGGUAAAGUCAGAGACCAACAAGCGAAUGGGUGGAGACUGGUCAAAAGAUCGAGCGGAUAAGGCAGAGAGAGACCUCGAUCAAGCCAAAACUGAAAAACAGAAAGUGGAGGAGGAAAAGAGGAGGAUUGAAGAGGAAAACAAGCAACUCCUUGCGGAGAAAAAAUAAGAGCACCAAUCGUUAGGGCUCCAGAGUCCUCUUCCUGUUCAGAAAGAACAACAAGACUGGAGAACAAAGAUAACACUGAGUCAUGUCUGACUCGGAGACCAUCGAGCUAGCCGCUCUGGGCCGACCCUUCCAGCUGGGGAUGCUGUAUGACUGUCGUAGAGAUGUCCUCAUUCCAGGUAUCACUCUCUGGGAUUCUGAGAUGCUGCAGAAACACAUCAAUGUCCGUCCACAGCCGAACACUGACUUCAAAAUCAUUGCUUCAGACUCAAGUGAAGCCAAGUCAGAAGCUUUGAAUGUGUCUGCAUCUCUUGAGGCCAGUUUCCUUGGUGGCUUAGUCAGUGUGAAGGGUUCUGCUGAAUUCCUACAUGACAAAAAGACCUCAAAGCGUCAGUCUAGGGUUUCUUUGCAGUACCGUACCACCACUCGCUUCGAGCAGUUGACCAUGGACCACCUGGGGGCAGGAAAUGUGAAAUACUCUAAUGUCUUACAAGAGGGCUCUGCAACCCAUGUGGUGACUGCCCUGCUCUAUGGAGCGCAGGCCUUUUUCGUUUUUGACCAAGAUGUUUCCUCAGGAGAAAACCACCAGGACAUCCAUGGCAACCUGCAGGCCAAAAUAAAAAAGAUCCCUCUCAUAUCAAUAGAAGGGCAGGCAAAUUUGAAGAUGAGUGAGGAAGAGCAGAGAGAGGCCAAUAAAUUCAACUGCACUUUCCAUGGUGAUUUGGCUCUAGAAAACAACCCUGUCACAUUUGAAGAUGCCAUCAAGGUGUAUGUUGGCCUGCCACGUCUGCUAGGGGAGAAUGGAGAACAUGCUGUGCCCAUGACCGUCUGGCUAUAUCCUCUCAAGAACCUGGACUCUGCAGCUGCCCAGCUAGUCAGGCAGAUCAGUGUUAGCCUGGUGCGUCGCGCACAGCGAAUCAUGGACGGACUGGACAAUACUGAUGUACAAUGCCAGGACAUGAUGAAGGAAGACAUGGCUAUCAAGUUCCCUGAACUCAAAGCCAAGCUCAACAAGUUCAGGGACUUGUGCUCAGAGUACAAGCUGGUGUUCCAGAAAGGUCUCUGCAAGGUUCUUCCCAACAUAAGAGGAGGAGGAAUGGAGGAGGAAGAGCUGAUAAAAAUUAUCAACAGCAAAGAACAGAGAGAGAGAUGA